AUGAAGAAGAUUCAAAAGAAUGUUGGAAAAGAAUGGAAGUAUCAAAGAGACCGAAAGAGUGAGCUACAAGCCAAGCUUGCGGACAAGUCUUAUAUAGAAGUCCCAGGUGGAUUUGCUUCAGACUCCCAUUUUGACGUAAAAGGAAACACGCCCGGUGCCAUAGACAGGGGACAUUUGCAGGACUGGAAGAAUAUGAUUUCAUGGACAGGUCGAUGGCGGCUAUCGGCAUUCAACGCAGCCUUUGAAACAAGUGUACCCGGAAUGGUCGAGAUCGACGCAGGCAUGCGAAGAUUCGAAACCAGAUAUCGUGGACAACCGCGCGAAAAGUCGCCUAUCAAUUUAAAGUUGAUGGGGAGAUUGCAAUGCUACUACGAUCUUACUGACCUUUGCUACACUGUGUUUCCGAAUUCUAUGGACCAUAAUUUGGACAGAUGUGAUCUGUCAAAUUUUAUGUUGGGUACUUUUGUAAGGCCUAAUAUGUGGAAUUGUUGUACAACAACUGAAGUUCGUGGCAUUCAAAUGAUGUUGGAGGUUGGAGGGUUGAAGUGGAAUGAAACAGCAGGCACAGCUGCCCUCAUCUUCACCAUUCUUUCAAAAUUUGUCCUGCAAGCCCCAUCCGAAAGGUUCGAACAGCCGUGUCAGCAACUUCAUCUAUCCCCAUCAACGGGUUACCGAACUGCUGUCGUGGACAGGUCACCGUUUAUCUCGUUUCGCUCGCUUCAUACCAUUUCUGUUUCACCAUUCCGGGCAGUGGGUCGAUUCAAUAUCGCUCUGAGCCUGUGGCGUCCAUGGCGCUCUGGUAUCUUCCUUCCAAUAUUUCUGACCUGCAUAUUCUCUAGUGACCCGUCUUCCGCGCAGCAUAUGGAGUCAUUUCAACUGCGAUACUGCUUACCCCUGAAGGUUUCGUCAGAGCGCACUGCUAAUGUUUGUAAACGCUCUUGCCAUCUCACGCGUGAGUUGGAACCGAUGAUUUUCACGCUUUGGCUGUUUCUUAAUGUACCUUUCAUAUGUACCACCCCUGUACGAUGCUCUUCUUUCAUGCAUCAAACAACUCGUCACAUGCUGGCUCAUACAUUGAGACGGAACAAGAUCCAAUUUAGGAUAGAAGUCUGCAUCUCCUCCGCUCUCCUGAAGUAUAGAUCUUGGGUUUACAGGAUCAUUCCUUUCUCUCGGUCACCCUAUCAAAUUCAAUUUCACACCGUGGACCAUUCCCCUGAUAAACCCCUCAAUUCUCUGGAGAGGGGAGGCAGUGGACCUGACGGCGCUUUGCUUACCGCUAUUGCACAUCCUGCACAUCCUCACCUUUGGACACUCCCAUCACUACACAAUCGCCUGGAUUACGGCAACGUCGAUUUUAUGCUACGAUUCUCAGGAGUUCAGUUAAAUGAUUAUGAACUCCCUCUAUUUGACGAAGAAACCUCCAAUUUUUCCUCAACCGUCCAGUUCGCUGAAAAAAAGCCUAUCCGUAGCUUUGUCGGACGAUUCCUUUUCGCACUUUUGGCCAUUGCAUUAGUCGUUCUGUUCGAGUUCCUACUAUGCUUUCACUCCUCCAAACCGGCCAUUCCUCAAUUCCCUCCAGGCGAAUUAAAUCACCAUGUCGACGACCAAAUCCACCUCGCCUUCCUCAAGUUACCGACUAAGAAAGAGUUCAUACCAAGAAUGUGCGAUAAUCUAGACUGGCGGAUGCAAAGUGGACACUGGAAGACGUGGGUGAUAUUGGGUAUUCGGCCGUCCCUGCCAGCAUCUGAUAGUUCUAGGGACAGUUUACCGGGCGGGACUGGGAACAAUUCGAAUUCGUUAUGGGAACGCUUUCCCUUCCGUUGUAGUGUCCCGUGUGGACCUUCCAUUGAAGCAACAAGCUAUUUCGUUGUAGCAGAUGAUAAUGGUGGUAGAUUGCUUUCCAUUUCAUGGUUGACAUUUUCUUUGUUAGGCAUUAGUGCAAAAUGUUCACGGCAAAAUCUCCUUCGCGAGCAUGCCGACAUUUUUGUUAACAUACUCUCUAUUGGAUCUUAUCCGCACAAAUAUCUUUUUCACAAUUCUAGGGUGAGACAAGGAAUAUUAACAAUACGAAGUCAUAACUACGGUUGCACGUUAAGAGCUGGAAGGUGGCUCUUCGGCAGUAUUCCUGAGCCAGUAACACACAUGAGAAAUUCCCUCCAUCUUCAGUUCAGUAAUUUUGAGCCCAGCAUACGCCAGACUCUAUCCUCUGAACCCAAUAGCCCAACUCUUCCUCCCCUAGCUCGCGGUAUUCACCUCUCCAACAUCCUGCCAAUCUCGAUACCAAAUUCUAUUCCUAUGGUGGACAGUAAUCUCUACAGCUUUGUAGUUGUUCGAGUCGUAUGGCUCAUGACAUAUCAGGCAUUCCUCUUCCUUUAG